AAGAUGGCGUACAUGUUUUAAGGCCUAUCGAUAUGUCUGAAGGAAGUUGUUCCACACCGUGUUCCAGGAUAUGAUCUUUUUUUAGUUGCUUUAAGUUCAAAUUUAAGCAAAUUGGGAGGGGCACUUUGCCUCCAAGGGAACAGCCCUGUCCCUACAUCAUUUUCGCUCCCUCCCCUCCCAUCUAUUUCGUCUAAUCACCUUGGCGUCACCUGUCUGCCGAUGUCCAAGGGAAGAUCGAGUGACGAAGUAUUUGUAUGCGCAAAACUCACGGUUGUCUCGUGUUGUCUCUCCUUUGUCAGUAGGCAAGACCAAAGUAUAUGGCUGUGCGAAACAAACAUCAGCGGGUAGACGAUAGUAUUUUCGGCAAACUGGGGCUAGCACAAAAUCUCAUUGGGUAGUGGUUUGUACCUUUCGAAGAUGGCUAACAUGUCUUCAUUGUUUUCAUUUACUCACCCCGCUGUGAAGAGACUCCUCGGUUGGAAACAGGGCGACGAAGAGGAAAAAUGGGCUGAAAUUGCUAUUGCGUAUUUAUCCAAAAAGCUUAAGAAGAAGAAAGGUGCUUUAGAGGAGCUGGAAAAAGCGCUUUCAAACCCAGAUCAGCCGUCGCAAUGUGUAACACUCCCUCGCGGUACAGACGGACGCAUUCAAAUCCGUCACAGAAAAGGUCUACCACAUGUAAUAUACUGCCGCGUUUGGCGAUGGCCUGAUCUUCAAAGCCCCCACGAGUUAAAGGCAUUGGAUUGCUGCGAGUAUGCGUUUGCGCUAAAACAUCUAAAAGAAGUGUGCAUUAACCCUUUCCACUACAAACGAGUUGAAAGUCCAGUUUUGCCACCAGUAUUGGUACCACGACAAAGUGAAUAUCCAAAACUUCCACCCCCGUUACCUUCCCCGUUUCGUAGUGCUGAGGAACCUCCAAUGCCAUACAAUGCCUGCUUUCCAUUCAAACAACAACCACAACAGGUGGAUAAGAGCCCAAACAUCUAUGUGCCAGAGUCACCAAAAAGUUAUAUUUCUGAAGAUGCGGGGUCUCCUUGUUCGGUGGAUCCUAAUGCUAUGGAUGUGGAUUCUGUAGGAUCUCCACCAACAAUGGUGAAUCUGCCAUAUUUAUCCCAUGUGACACCAGUGAGUUAUCAUGAACCUUCGUCAUGGUGCUCUAUCUCCUAUUAUGAGCUGAAUAACAGAGUUGGUGAGCAGUUUCAAGCUAACUCCACUAGCAUCAUUGUGGAUGGAUUCACUGAUCCUAACACUGCAAACUCGGAAAGAUUCUGCUUAGGUCUGUUAUCCAACGUCAAUCGUAACUCAACCAUUGAGAACACAAGACGACACAUUGGAAAAGGCGUGCAUCUGUAUUAUGUUGGUGGAGAAGUUUAUGCUGAAUGCCUGAGCGAUUCUGCCAUUUUUGUUCAGAGCAGGAAUUGUAACCACAGUCAUGGGUUCCACCCUACCACAGUUUGCAAGAUUCCGUCAGGAUGUACACUGAAAAUUUUCAACAACCAGGAAUUUGCACAGUUGCUUUCACAAUCAGUUAACUAUGAUUUUAAGGCUGUGUAUGAGUUGGUAAAGAUGUGCUCAAUUCGUUUGAGUUUUGUCAAGGGUUGGGGAGCUGAGUAUCAUCGGCAAGAUGUUACUAGUACACCAUGCUGGAUUGAAAUCCAUUUGCGUGGUCCACUGAAGUGGCUUGAUAAGGUUCUCUAUCAGAUGAGAGAACCAGAGGACAGACCAACUUCACACUCGAUAUAAGGACACACAUGGAUGCAAUGGAGAAUUACUUGCUUUGGGUGGAAGCAUUCAAUGAUGUUUACAAACACAUGGAAUUUACAACAGAGACAUUUUGUAAGUUGGAUCAGAUGUUCUUAAUAUUGUGUUGUAUAACAGAGAUUCUUGUCAGAAUAUACGUCAUCUCAAUCGCCACUGAGCUAGAAACUUUGUGAACCCACAAGCUGAUGUUUAUAACUCAUUAGACUUGCUGAACAACACAAAGAUAGAUGUUAAUGAACAACAAAGCCAUUGGGCUGAUAACUUUAUAAAAUUAUGUACUAAAUAUCUUAUAUUUUUCACCAUAAUAUGGUAAUCAAAAUAAGAUAACAAAUUAGAUAUUUUCACGAUCAUAUUCAACUAGAUAUUUUGUUUUAGUAGCCUGUCUAGCAGUCUAUUGAACGCUGCUGUUAUGAAAUUUCAUUUUAGUUUUCGGCGGUCUUUUUAGCUUCCGGAUUGUGCUGUGAGAGCAUUGAGCUCUAUGUUUACUACAUGAUAUUAAUAUGUAGUAGUUUUGAUUCAUAAGAACAGAUAGUCAUAUUUCACUAAAAGAAAUGCAUUAGCUCCUGUAUCAACGUGAACUAAUGAUGAAGAUGAAACUUUGAGUCUGCCUCCUAAAGAGACAUUCUUUUGCUUCGUUACACAUUUCUCCUCAGUGAGAGACUGGAAGAAUGCAUGAUAAGCCUAAAGAAUGCACAGAAGGCUACUAAAUCAACUAUUUACAGAAUAAUUAUAUACGUUGUCAAGAAAUACACUUGCUACCAAUACCAAUAAUAUUCUUUUACAAGAAGAUUUUUCUAGAAUAUUCAAUCAACAGUUUUUCAUUUCUUUUUUUUGUUUUUUUGAUGUUACUGCACCUUUCAACAACUUGAGGACUCUGAAGUUUGCAUCUUAACUAAUGAUUGUGUUUUUGGCUGUAAUCUAUCAGGACUAUGAUGGAAACCAACGAACCUUGAAAAAGAAAAGAACUAAACAAAAUGGGUCAAAAUCUGUAAUUAAAAAGCCACAGACAUGACUUUUUGAACAUACUGAAGUAAACUUUUUUUCUUGAGAUGUCCACUAAGGUGAUUGAGGGCAGCACAACAAAACUGUUAGCAGAGUUUGCAUGCUGUUGAAGGAGCAGUAAAUAAAACAGUGUACAGUGUUCUUUAAAGAAAAAAACAGCAAAGCAGCACAAGGAAUGGUCUUUGGAAAUAAUAUAAAUAUAGAGCUUCAGUUAAUAAAUCCUCCAUUGUAGUUCUAAGUUGAUUGCAUGUAUGUAAAUAAUCAUUAACACACCCUAGCUGAAUAACUGAGAAAGUUGAGUGUGGUUAAAUGAUUUUACAACUAACCGGUAAUUGGAGGUAAUGGAACCAAUCUUGAACAUUUGUAUAAUUUAUGUAUGUGGGUAAAAUACCUCUGAUUAUCUUGCAUAACGUUCCCAUGCUUUUAAAGCUGCAAUUCUUUGUCAGAUAAGAUUUGUAUAAAGAAUAGAUAUGAUGUGAAAGUUAGUGGGACUUGUUCAAUUUUUGGUGUUUUAUAAUGCACAGUUGUAAUGAAAACUUGUUGAAAACAUAUUGCAUUACAUUCAUAUCCUGUAGCAUUAUUUUGAUAUUAAUAAUGUUAUAAUAAAUUAUAUAAUAUUGCCUAAAAACAGCUAAUUGUAUGUAGACACUGAAUUAUUCAAUUUUCUGUAAGGGACUGGUUAGCCUAGAACCUUGUGGAUAGCUCUCUUCCUGCUCUUUCACUUUGACCUGAAAGAUCAUGAUGCCACUGAAUGACACCAAUCAUAAUUUACCAGGUCCUUAUUUUUCUUUAUGCCUUAAGGUGAGAGAAAGAAAUAUGCCUGUAGAGUAGAGACUAUACCAUGGGCUGGUUGACUAGGUCUUCUAUGAGAAGCUUAUCACCCCGUCAGGGUGAUAAGCUUCUGCUUCUAUGUAAAGGAUUUUACUAUACUGCACAUACUUGUUGGGUAACUUAUCUUAUAAAAUUAGUAAAAUAUAGCAGGAAUAAAUUAUUGAUAUCAAAAAUAAAAUAAUGGUUAUGACAA